GUAUUAGCAAAAAAGCCAAAACCUUAUAAAAUUAAUUUAAUUUUAGAGCUAACAUAUCAGGAAUGGUCUCGAGUCCAUUCUAUAGUAAUACAAAAAUUUAAACGGUUUAAGGACCCUGAAGCCCGAUAUCUUAUAAAUUUGUUAGAUAAUAUCAUCCCAUUGGUUUUAGAUUUUUAUCCCAUUAUUUUUCGAAGCAGAAAUUGUGAAGCAUACUUAGAAGCAAUGUUUCGCAUUUGGACGGUUUUUCAUCAGUAUCAACAGAGACAUUAUAAUAAACUGCCAUUGAUGUUUUUAAGUGAUGUCUUUUACUGGUUCAGUACUGACCACCCUAUUUCACAAACUCUUACAG